GUCUCAUUAUGAUCAUUUACAGGCUCAUAAGUUUAUAGGGUCUACUAGAAUAUAUUUCAUAAUUUUUUCGUAUAAUUUACAUUGUUGCAGUGCUUGUUUUCACCCUCUCUGUCUGAACACUGUUUUAGUUUCAGUUUCUUUAAAACUGAGAAGGGUUGGCUGUAGACCAUGAUUGAGUGGAGCUCCAAUCUCGAACAGGAAAUAUGUCACCUCCACUUGUGUUUUACUAAUGUCUACACCUACCACAACCCUAAACCUAUGCUUACAAUAAUGCAAAUACAGUAAUUAAAUGACAUAAUAUUGAUGUGCACAUGCCCAGUGGCCAUAGCUGUAGCUAGCUUCACUAGUGGAGGGGAUGCAUUUCCGCCCUUGAGUGGAGCUCCACUUGCCCCCUCAGGCAGCAGCCAGCCCCCAUUGUUAAAACAUGCCUUACAAAAAGUCAGUCUGCGUUGACUGGUCAGCUGGUCCCAGUCUGUUGUGAUUGGUCUACUGCUUAGAGUGUGUGUGUUGAAAAUGUAACAUGCUUACCAUAAAUGGUGAUGAGGAGGUGGAGGAAUGCUGGAAGAAUUGUCGUUGGGAUGGUACAAUGACUGGUGCCUAUAUAGGAGAGAGCGGGGCACAACCUAAUGCUUUUUGGGUUCAAUGGAAUUUCUUUUGUUCCGCCUUAAUUUCACCCAUGUCUGGCUUGGUUUCAUUAAUACAGUGUAUACUUAUUUACCCCUAAAGAAGGGAAGUGAAAUGUGACAACAUGCCCUAUUAGUGGGGCAUAUUGUAACAUGACCAUAUGACAGCUAAAAAAAAAAAAAAAAAAAAAAAAAAAAAAAAAAUUCUGACUUAAUUAAAAAAAAAUAGAUACAUGACAAACUAAAAUAUUUUGUCGAUAAAAGACAAUACUUUUUUUUCAUAUAAAAUAGCAUUUUUUUUAGAAAUUCAAAUUUAAAUAAUUUUGUGUUACAGUACAGAAGGAGCGGAGACAAUAGAAUACAGUUAAGUGAUGUUUAUUGAACAACCAGCAGAGUGACACUGUGGUGCCGGUGAGUAAAUGGUAAUUAUAAGAAUGGAUGGAAGAUAACUGGAUGUUAAUACUGUCCUUUUUGUUGCAGGAGUGGAGAUCAUGGAUGGUAGCGGUUUGGAGAACGUGGCAGAGAAGAGAUGAUACUUGGAAACUCACGGAGAUAGGAACACGGAAAGAGACUAGGAACACGCUGGAGUAGAGACGGUGGGUAUACAGGAGUCCUUGAGGUAAGCAUAAAAGACGUCUAUGUGCAAACGAGACCGGACGCUGACUGAGGUGAGCUCUUUAUGUCACGGCUGACAGUGUUGUGUGUAACGCGUUACUAAGUAACGCGUUACAGUAACGUAACUACUUUUUCGGGUAAAAAGGAGUGUAACGCGCUACUACUGAAAAUUUGGUAACGAAACGUAGUUCAUUUUUCAAUUCGGCGCAACGUUACUUUUCCCAUGGUUAGAUUUGACAGCGACACUGCCAUCUGCGGGCUUGCGCAAUAGUCACAAGCUCCACACGGUACAUGACAGAGGCUGGUAGCAGUCUGCAAAGCAAUCAUGGCAAGUGAGAAGCAGCCGACGCUAACUUUUGAGGGAUGGAGGUAUUCCCACUACUUCAAACUCGUUGAAACUAAGGGGAGGAAUGUGAGUGUAAGGUGUACACUGUGUCCUGGCAAGAAACUUUUGUCCACUGCCGUUAAAUCAACUGCCAACCUCACCAAGCAUUUGAAAGGAAAACAUGCUAACAUGAAGCUUGUCGCUCAAGAUCCCCGGCGGGGAAAUGAUGAUAUGUCGAGUCCAACGCCAAAUAAGCAGCUAAAACUUCAUUUUCACCACCAGGACGUAACUAAACAAGAGUUGGACAAACUUGUCGCUUCGUUCAUCGUCGAUGAAAUGUUGCCCAUCAAUACUGUCGAAUCUCCCAUUUUCAGAAAGAUACUUAGCAAAAUACCUACAACAGGAGACAGGCGCCCAUGGUCAGAUCGUAGAACUUUCACGGGCUAUCUGGACGAAUGUUAUCUAAAAAUGGAGAUUGAAUUAAAGAAAACGUUCGAGAGUUUGCAGUAUGUUUCAACCACUGCGGAUAUAUGGAGUAGCCAUAACCGAAGCUUUCUGGGAAUCACUGUGCACUGGAUCAAUCCACGCAACUUGAAUCGUGAGAAAGCUGCCAUCGCAUGCAAAAGAAUAAAGGGCAGGCAUACAUAUGAUGUUAUAGGCUUUGAAAUGGAACAGAUUCACUCAGCGUUUGGCCUUUCACAUAGGAUCACCGCCACCGUUACAGACAACGGGUCGAAUUUUGUUAAAGCUUUUAAGAUGUAUGCACCCCCUGAGCCUGACGAGGAGGAGGAUGAAGAGCAAGAUGGGCAAGGUGUAGUUUUCACAGAUGUGGAAGAGUUGCUUGGGACCACAGAAGGACAGUUUUCUCUUCCCCCGCAUUUUAGGUGUGCUUCGCAUACGCUCAAUUUGAUCUCGUGCAAUGACAUCGACAAAUGGCUGUCAUCCAACAAAACUGACUCAAAAUCUGUGUACAGGAGUGCAACGGCGAAGUGUGCUGCUCUUUGGACAAAGGCAAGCCGUUCUACCGUGGCCUCUGAGAUUGUCGAUGAAAUCUGUGGGAAAAAAAUUAUCGUGCCUACAUCCACACGGUGGAAUUCCUUCCACGAUGCCUUGUCCCGUAUCAGUGACAUCCCGGCCCAAGAUUUGAAUACGCUUUGUACUAGACUGGACAUCAGAGGCCCGACAGAGCGCGAACAUCUAUUCCUAAAGGAAUACUGCAGUGUUUUGAAACCGAUGACGGUAGCACUGGAUAUCUUGCAAGGCGAAGAGAACUGCUAUUAUGGUACUCUUCUACCAACCCUGGAGACCCUGAUGUCAAGGACGCUCGCACUCCAAAAUGGACUGUCAAGGAUGACAGCAGACCUACCGGGUGUAAUUGUACAGGCUAUCAAGACGCGAUUCGCACCGGUGUUGGAGAGCAGGGAAGCUUUAUUGGCUGCCUUGACGUUGCCGAAAUUUAAAGUUCGGUGGAUAGGGGGAGCGGAGCGGAGAGAAGCGGCGCGUGCGCUGCUCAUCGCGGAGUGUCGCACUCUACCCCAUGAUGCAGAGCCGGCUGAGAAUAAAAACAGAGAAGUUGCCACACACAGCAGCGCCAAUGAGAAGGACUUUUUUUCUUUUGGUGAGGAGGAGAAAGACGAAAUGGCCUUUAGUGCAGACUCAGAGGUACUUGAGUACAUGAGAUCGGGCUCAGAGUUAGAAGUUCUCAACCGUUUCCCCCGAGUGAAAGCUGUGUUCAUGAAAUACAACACUGCCACACCAUCCAGUGCCCCGGUGGAAAGGCUGUUCAGCCUGGGAGGUCUUGUGCUUACCCCCAGAAGAAACAGACUUUCAGAUAAACGUUUUGAAAGACUGCUCCUGAUGAGGUAUAAUAACCCAUUUUGUGCUGAUGUGGAAUAGGUUGCCUGCCACCCAUGCUAUAGACAACUCAAGCCUAUGCCUAAUAUCCUCUUUUCUAUCUGCCCAUCAUACUGUGAAGUAGGGCCAGCAUAUUCAGUUAACAUAGCCUUUUUAAUUCUGAGGCUAGUCAUGCUUUAAGUUGUGCUUGAUUUUAUUUUGGCUAAAAUGUCUUUGCCUCUAAACUGUAUUGUGCCAUUUUAUUUUAUUUACACAAGCCAUCGACAUCAAGCCAUUUUUAAGUUAUUUUUUCUGUUGGAUUUAGAUGAGGCAUGCAUGUUUUAUUUUGAGACAUAUGACCCAUUUUGAGGUUACCAUGUUGUUCCUAAGGAGCUUAUUGAUGCUAUUUUUUUAUAAUAAAGAGCACAAAAGAAAUACCUGUUAUGUCCUCCAUAGUAUAACUUUAUGUAGGCCUACACAUUUAGGAACAGAUAUUGGGUUCUGCCCAAAGUCAAGCAACAUAAAAGUAACGUAAAAGUAACGAGUAACAUAAAAAGUUACUUUCCAAAGGGGGUAACUAAGUAAAGUAACGGAUUACUUUUUAAUAAAGUAACGAGUAACGAGCAAACACUACUUUUUAAAAGUAACUUCCCCAACACUGACGGCUGAUUGGGGUGCUGAUUGAUGACAGGUGUGUGUGCUCAGAACUCUGGUGAGGGAGUGCGCUGUGACUGGGUGAUGGUGAAGCCUGGCGGGUCAUUGGUUGCGGUGGAGCUGUAGUUCUAAAUAAGUCUACGGUAAAAGUUUCUAGGAUCCUGCAAAUCUCUGGAGUUCUUUGAUGGUGGAUGGAGUUGGCCAGUUCUUAAUAGCUUCAACCUUCCCCUCGUCCUUCUGGAUGCCACUGCUGUUGAUGUUGUAGUCAAGGAACUGCACUGAGGGUUGAUGAAAAGAGCAUUUUUCAGCCUUGAGGAACAGAUGGAACUCCCUCAGGCAUUUCAGGACCUCCGCAACAUGGUGGCGAUGUUCAGCCAUGCUCCGGGAGUAUAUCAGGAUGUCAUCAAUGUAGACCAGAACGAACUUGUGAAGAAACUCCCGGAGCACCUUGUUGAUGAAGUCCUGAAAUACGGAGCGGGCAUUGACCACGCCAUACGGUAUGACACAUUACACAGUAAAUGUCAACCGGGUGUGGUCCAGCAGCAUGGGUUCAUUGGCUGGUUCUGGAGGGCUGAUGGAUUCUGGCCGGUGGAGGGAUGAUGUUAGAAGCGACUGGCCCUGGUGCUCUUCAAGACACGACUGCAUACAAGUGGUGAAUCGAAUGGAGUAUUGGAUGAAUCGUUCUAGCCCGAUGGAAUCCUCGUAUGCAGUGAGAUGCAACCGCACUCGUGGAUCCAGACCCUGACGGUAGGUGGUAACAGAGACUGCUUGUUCCAUCCACUAGCGGCAGCAAGGGUCCUGAACUUAAGGGCAUAUUCAUUCAUAGUCAUAGUACCUUGUUUUAAAUGAUAUAAUUGCUCACCAAUCGAUGAAUCCCCGGCUGGUCUACCGAAUACUUUGAAGUGGGUCACAAAACUGGUGAGAGACUGGGUGACUGUACUAUUUUGCGACCAAAUAGUUUCAGCCCAUUGAAGCGCUCUGCCAUUUAAUUGUGAAAAGAUGAAAGCUACCUUUUCAAGAUCAUCAGGGUACAAGUGCGGGUGCAUCUCCAGGACCAGCGAA